AUGGGUCGCCUGAACUCGAGCCCUGCGGCUGCUUUGGGGCCUUCCAGCAGAAGUUCGACCCAGGAUGAAGACAUAGAGGCGCCAGCCGUGCCUGGCUCGAAGGGCUUGCUCAGUGACAAAUACACGCUCGGGGAAGAGCUUGGUAGAGGAGCCUUUGGCCAGGUGUUCAAGGGCACGGAUGUGCGCACGGGGGAGCACGUGGCCAUCAAGCAGAUGUCCCUGGCGGGCAUCAGCCAGGACAACCUGCAGGGCAUCAUGGGCGAGAUCGACCUGCUGAAGAACCUGAACCACCGCAACAUCGUCAAGUACGUGGGGUCCUUCAAGACGCGCACGCACCUGUACAUCAUCCUGGAGUACAUGGAGAAGGGAUCGCUGUCGGACGUGAUCCGCCCCUCCAAGUUUGGCGCCUUCCCAGAGCCGCUGGUCGCCGUGUACAUCGGCCACGAUGAGCACCCGAGCCUGCCGGACAGCAUCAGCCUGGACCUGGCGGACUUCCUGCUGGCCUGCUUCCAAAAGGACCCGCAGCGCCGCCCCGACGCGCGCGCACUGCUGGGCCACGCCUGGCUGGGCUCCCAGCGAGCCACGCUGCGCGCCUCCUGGUCCCGCACCGCCGCCGCUCGCGCUCGGCCCCGCACCGACGCCCACGCCUCCGUCUCCUCCGUCGUUGCGCUGGCGGCACUGGAGCUUGCAAACGCUGUGGUGGCGAACGAUGCAGCAGCCCUGGAGGCGGCGUGCCUGCUGGGCCUGGUGCCGGCGGUGACGCGGUACUCCUUUUCAGCGUGGCCCACCCCGCUGCGCAUACAGGCCGCCGUGUUCGUACACUCACUGUGCCACACCAGCCUCGCCACCGCGCGCAUGUUUGUCCUGCGCACGCUCUACGAGUUCCACCCGCGGCCCAAGCAGUUUGUGGUGCAGCACGGCCUGGCCGAGAGCCUGCGCGGCCUCACCCAGGGCGGCCGCGGCGCCAGCCAGUCCGUGCUCGUGCGCAAGCAGGCCCUCUCCAUCCUCCAGGCCCUCCAGGUCCACACCGCCGUCUGA